UGGUGUUGAGGUGGUAUUCGCCUGCUGUCAACCCGUCCUGUCAGAACAUUCCGGUAGAGUUCAUACGAUACAAUGACCGUGAUAAAUACCAUCGUCUGUCCACCACGACGAAAAUGGACUUCACACCUCGACUGCAUCCAUCGCGUGGGUGUCGUCCCACUCUCCUUCCAUAACCCCCUGACAGACGUCCAAGAUGGUUCAAAAGCUCGCUUUCCUCACCGGCCUUGCCGCCUCCCUCGCCUCUGCCCAGCAGAUUGGCACCGUCACCCCCGAGUCCCACCCCAAGCUGCCCACCAAGCGCUGCACUCUCGCCGGCGGCUGCCAGACGGUCCAGACCUCCAUCGUCAUCGACGCCUUCCAGCGUCCUCUGCACAAGAUCGGCGACCCAUCCACCCCCUGCCUUGUCGGCGAUCCUCUUCUCUGCCCCGACGCCGAGACGUGCGCAGCCAACUGCGCGCUCGAGGGCGUCUCCGACUACGCCUCCUUGGGCAUCAAGACCGAGGGUGACGCCCUGACUCUGAACCAGUGGAUGCCCGACCCGGCAAACCCAGGACAAUACAAGACGACCACGCCCCGUACUUACCUCGUGGCUGAAGAUGGCAAGAACUACGAGGAUGUCAAGCUCCUGGCCAAGGAGAUCUCUUUCGAUGCUGAUGUCAGCCAUCUCCCCUGCGGCAUGAACGGCGCGUUUUAUCUUAGUGAGAUGUUGAUGGAUGGUGGACGUAGUGUCAGUGGUGAUCUCAACCCUGCUGGUGCUGAGUAUGGUACGGGGUAUUGCGAUGCGCAGUGCUUUAAGCUGGAUUUUAUCAAUGGCGAGGCCAACAUCAACCAAACCCACGGCGCCUGCUGCAACGAAAUGGACAUAUUCGAAUCCAACUCUUUCGCCAAGACCUUCGUCCCGCACCCCUGCAACAUCACUUCCGUGUACAAGUGCACCGGCGACUCCGAGUGCGGCCAGCCCUCUGGCGUCUGCGACCAGUGGGGCUGCGCCUUCAACGAGUACAAGUGGGGAGUCGAGUCCUUCUACGGCCCGUCUUCUUCUUCUUCCGUCAUCAAUUCCAGCAAGAAAUUCACCGUCACCACGCAGUUCCUCACCGACACUGGCCGUGAGGACGGUAUACUAGUAGAAAUUAGACGGUUGUGGCACCAGGGGGGCAAACUAAUCAAAAACACGGCUAUCGCUGUUGAGGAGGGGUUUUCGACGGAUUCGGUUUCUACAAAAUUCUGCGAGAAGACGGCUUCUUGGAGUGUGCAGCGCGGUGGACUGAAGGCCAUGGGCGAGGCGAUUGGUCGCGGUAUGGUGCUGGUGUUUAGUAUUUGGGCGGAUGAUUGGGGUUUUAUGAAUUGGUUGGAUGCUGAGGGGAAUGGACCUUGUAGUGCGACGGAGGGCGAUCCGAAGCUGAUUUUGCGGAAUAAGCCGGAUGCGAGGGUUACUUUCUCUGAUAUUAGGUGGGGAGAGGUUGGGAGCACGUUUAAUGCUCCUGGGGGGAAGUAUGGUGGUAUGGGGAGUCGGGUGGCGAGGGGGUUGAGUGCUUAGACUAGACUGAAAGCCUUGCAAGGAGAGGAAGGAGGCUUGGUCAGUGGGUGAUGUUACCUAUUUUCGUGUGAGAAGGAUGUAAGAUGUUGUCUUGGAUAUAAAGGCCUUCAAUCUACCGUUCUUGGAUACAACAUAUCGU